AUGCAACAGGUGAGUGACCCUGCCGUGUCCGAGCUUCGAAACAUUUGAGGCGGGCGGUGCAAUUGUGACAGUCGACAGCAUUCACACUCUGGAGACGGGGUAGCAACUAUGCGCCCCCGUAUACAGAAGUGCUGGAGCGAGGGCAGACAACGAGGCUGGCCGAGACUUGCUCGAGAUGUUUACCUCUGUCGGCCUAUUGACCAACACGCGGCCCAUAAAGUUUCGCAUUCCGGAUGAAAGAUGAAACGACCCCGGUAUCAACCAAGGACAGGCGGUCAGCAUGUAAUGGGGCCUUGCAAAAUCUCACUUGUUUUUUACUGUUUUUUUUUCUUUGAUGAUGAGCGUCCGCGUCUGGGCAGUCGACCCCUCCCCUUCAAGAACCUGUAAUCUGCAUCUUUGCCCCUACACCCAUGCACUUUGUCCAUCAAAUAGCAUUUUUUGCAGUUGUCAACCUCCGCAAUGUUGGCGGCUGGUUAUUGUCUUCGUUUUCGGAAAGAAGCCGACACGAUUGCUGGUACAAGAGUUUCACUCGCCUGAUGUUUCGGAUUCACGCUCAAAUCCACCAUCGGGGACUGCAUCAGAUAAAGGUAAUGUCUGCACACGCGUUUGGGUCAUUUUUGGGAUCGAGAUGCUGCGUCACCGCAUGCCUAUCAUGAUUGACAGUCCCCUCACUCAUCACGGAUGGCCGAACUUCAUGAUGAUGAUGUAUUCGAGAGUGAAGCUGAAAUGUCAAACGAAUAAAAGCCUCACAACAGCAACUGUGUCUUCUUCUUCCUCUUCCUCCAAAAGGGCGUCCUGAGACUCGCAUUUCCGCCUGCAUCAGUUUACUACGUCAAGCAAACCACGUUCGCGUACUCUUCCACAAAUUACGGCACAUUCGAACUAUGUAGAUUCUGUUUUACUGUCUUUCUUGCCCGUGGAACCAAAGUUGGUUAAAUCAACGAAUUUAUGCAUGAAAGCUAGAUGAUGAUGAUGAUGAUGAUGAUGAUGAUGAUGAUGAUGAUGAUGAUGAUGAUGAUGAUGAUGAUGAUGAUGAUGAUGAUGAUGAUGAUGAUGAUGAUGAUGAUGAUGAUGAUGAUGAUGAUGAUGAUGAUGAUGAUGAUGAUGAUGAUGAUGAUGAUGAUGAUGAUGAUGAUGAUGAUGAUGAUGAUGAUGAUGAUGAUGAUGAUGAUGAUGAUGAUGAUGAUGAUGAUGAUGAUGAUGAUGAUGCCGUGAUCACGUGA